AUGCCUAUCUCACUGCCUCUCCCGUCCCUCCUGGCCACUGCCACUGGCAUUACCGGCUCAGCUUGGGCAUCAGGAUGUAUAGCAUCUAUGUCGCUGGCUGGAAUUCCAGCAGUUCUUCAACUUUCAGCACCUAAUAGCGUAACCGUCUGGCAAGAGAUCUUCAACCGUGGAAUCGCUCUCAUGCCCAAAGUCGCCGUAACAACAGCACUCGCCUAUGCAUACGCUUCAUAUUCGGCUUACCAAGAGAGCCGGAAAUGGAAGGGGUUGGCAGCCGGUGGAGCUCUAACAGUCGCUAUUGUACCAUUCACACUUAUCUUCAUGAGCUCCACCAACGACCUUCUGUUCAAGGCGGCUGCUGGAACUUUGGAGGCUUCACAGGAGGAUGUGGCAAAGUUAAUCGGAAAAUGGGGAGUCUUAAACCUGGUAAGAAGUCUACUUCCUCUUGCAGGGACGAUUGUAGGGCUAUCGACAGUAUUUCAGUCCCUGUAA